AGAUGAGAGAGCUGCGGAUGGGGAACGCGGAGGAGGCGGCGAUGGAGCGGCAGAUGAUCCGGCGGGCGGUGGAGGACUGCCCGCGGCUGGCGCAGGACGAGAAGGAGCGGAUCGACAAGGUGGCUCGGUUCGUGGCCAGGGACGGCGACCUGACCGAGACCAUCCUCCUGAGGCUGCUCAAGAUCACCAAGAACCAACGCCGCUGGGGGUUCAUCUCGCCGGACCACCCCCACCACGGCUACUACCUGCGGCGCAAGAUCUCGGAGCAGUGCCGGGCCAUCCGGCCUCCCCGGCAUAUGGUGAUCACUGCAAGAGAGAGAUGACGGGUUUCACGUCACUGUGACAGACAGUUACCUAAUUAGCUACUCGUUCUUCGUCUCAAACUAUUGUUCGUCUGGAAGGAAAUGAAUGAAUGAAUACUUCUGCUUGCCUUUGC